CCUGGUCCUGAUGGCGGGGGUCGUGGACUCGCACGUGCACGUGAACAAGCCCGGGUGGACGGCGUGGGAGGGUUACUCGUCGGCCACGCGGGCGGCGGCGGCGGGCGGCAUCACGACCAUCGUUGACAUGCCCCUGAAUUCGAUCCCGCCAACCACGAGCAUGGCCGCGUGGACCGAGAAGAUGGAGGCGGCGAAGGGGCAGUGCUGGGUCGACGUCGGGUUUUGGGGCGGGGUUGUGCCCGGUGAGGAUACAGGGUGCGUGUGUGCAUGAGCAUGUGCUCUUGGAGAAAACGGAAUCAGCAAAGAGACACAUAUCUUUUAAAACAUUUCCUUUCUCUGCUAUCAUGCCAACACUCAAAAUAUAAAGCAAACUUCGCCCCGACUUCACGCCAGGAAACGCUUCCGA